AAAUAAAAAAACAAAUAGAUGAACCAGAUUAUAAAGGUGGUCAUUGAACUUGAAAAAAAAACAUUAGAAAUCCUUUAUCAAAUGCUUUUGUUUUUAAAAGGUGAUUGAGGCACAAAAAGGACAAUAUAUUUGCUCUGUGUCACAGAUGACCAAGCCCAAAUGAGUAUUAAAUCAUAUAACACCCAGUUCAGGGCAUUGUUCACUGACUGCAAGGCCAUCCUCAAUGGUUUGGAGUGUGACACCAGCAUGUACUUUGCAGAAAAGCAAGGAAGAUCACAGGAGCACAUUGCUCUUGACAAGUAAAUUAUAGUAUUGUCCAACAUUGCCAAUGUCACUGAAAAUCCAGCUCAUUCCCUUUAGAACCAAGUAUGAGGCUUUACUAAAACUCAGUAGCUAAGUGGCCUUCUUCUGAAAAAUGUUCAGUUUCCCACAAAGAUGAGAAACUGAUAAGUAUCCCAUCCUGCAAUGUUCCUUCUAUUGAAUGUUCACAUAUUCUUAUGGAAAAGAGAGACCAUUUUCUAUUUCAAGUAGGUUUUUCUGAAAAUCAGAGAUAAAAAGUGACACAAUGAGUUGCAAUUUAGUUUUAGAUUUGAUUCUAAAUCUUUCUUAUCACCAAAUAAAGCUCUGUGACCAUGGUUAAAUUAUUUCACAUUUCAGUGCCUCCUUUCCCCAGUAGUAAAAUAUAAACAAUAUGUUUGCAUUAGUUUUUUACAAUGUAAGAUGAGAUACUAAAGGAAAUAAUUGUUUUCCACAAAGAUUAUUACAUGUUAAAUGCUCGAUAGAGAGAGAGUUUGUUACUGUUAUCAAAAUAAUGAGUGCAGUCACAAUAGUCUGGGAUCCUAAAAAAGGCCACACUUUUACUAGGUAGCAGAGACAAAUUUUAAAUUCAGAUUUGUUUGGAUGUGUUCUGGUUUUCUGCAUGGCCUCUCCAAACACAUAAUGUAGUACUAAUUUCACAAAAUCCAAAGGUCAAGUGCAUAAACUAUCAUAUCCAUGUGGACAAAUGAAAGAGAAGCUGAAGUAUCAGCCCCUCCUGACCCUCUUCCUAGUAACACAGCCAUUCCUGUUAUUUUUUUCCUGCCUCAGUGAAUUCAGAACAUAACCUGAGCAUGACAGGAAACUUGAAUGUUCAGCCCUAAAAUGGGCUUGCAGAUGACGUUCACUUGUGACAAGCCACUUCUUCUGGCUCAUAGGGCCUUCUGCUUUAGGCUAUGACACAGUAAGUGCUCUGGAUUUACCCUCACAAUUAAACAAAUAGAAAUAGGAAAAAUACCUAUAUGGUAACAGUGUUUCAUCAUUGCACAAGAAGCAAUCCAGGAUUAUGACACUUUACUAAAGGUAAAGUUGGCCCUAUAAUCACCCUGGAUUUCUGGGUGAGAACACUUUCCCACCACUAUGCAGGUUAGUGAGAGGCAAGCAAAAUGGUGCCUUCUCAAGCUGAGAAAACAGAGAUCAAAGUUUGACACCUAAAAUUUAGAAAGAAGGGUAGAGUACAGGACAGGAGGAAUCCUCAAGGAGUGAGGAUCUCAAAAGUGUACAAGAUACACAGAAGCUGAAAAGAGGGGUGAUAAAGAGAGAGCCAGAGAGGAAAGCCAUAAGUUCUUUAUGUGAAAACUUUCAAACUCUGGCUAGUUCUUGAAUUGGACAAAUGUGGCAUACACUGUAAAUAACUCACCUAAAGUUAAAAGAACUAAAUUAAAAAUGGAGAGGUUGAGUAUGACUCUUUCAGAAAAGGCAGAGAAGACAAACAUUUCACAAAACAUUAAAUAAAGCCAAUAUAAUUCUAACCUGAAAAAGACAUUUACCAAAAAAAAGAACAGAAUAAUAAUAAUGUAAGGACAUUUCCAGACAGAAAAACAUGAAGCUAAAACACUUUAUCUUUAAAAAACCUGGAAUUUAAUAAAUGCUAAACCAACUUCUAUAGGAUAAAGAAGAUGGAGAAUAGGGGAGCUCUUGAAGGAGUUUUAAUCAGCUUGGCUACUCUGCCUCCAGGGACUCCCUGGAGUCCAGUGCUCCUCCUGCAGACACUCACCAGCCCUAGCUGCUGCUCCUCCAGGACUGGUACUUUGGGGCUGCCUGGUAUCUAGGGGGGUCUCCUUGGAGCCCAGGCUCUUUCUAGCCAAGGUCAAGGUUCACCAGUGUUGUCAGGCCCCUCUAUGAAUGGGACAAACCAAACCAUUGUGGGGCCCUCAGAACUCCCCACGGCAUCAGCCAUAGCCCCUGGGGCCGGGGCAUGGCUGGUGCUGGUAGGGGUUGUGCUGGGGGUUGUGGUCCUCUCUCUCCUCAUUGCACUUGCUGCCAAAUGCCACUUCUGUCACCAGUACUAUGCCAGUUAUAGGCACCACCUGCUGCCUGAGACAGGGGGAGGGAACCACUCAGAGUUGGUUGAAGAUGAGGAUGAUGAUGGCUUCACAUUCAGCCCGGAGCUGGUGAGCUAGGGACAGAGGGUAGCAGGGACCACGUCUCCCUCUGAGCCCCAAUUUUUGGACACUGCCCUCUUCCUCCAUGAGUGAUAGCUAAGAACAGAGGCUACUGUGUGGGAACCUUGAGCCUCAGAGACAGAGGCAGUGAGGGCUUACAGUUUGACCAAGGGAAGAGCAAUCUUCCCUUCCCUGGUACUAGCCACCAAAGUGACAAUGACCCACCCCUCCCCCCGCUCUAUAACCCUCAAUGGCUCCCUGUUGUUUUCAGGAUAAAACCUAAUAAAUACUUAGCUUGAAUGUGGGAAAAGACCUCCUGUGAUUAACUUCUUGGCCUCUUGAUCUCCUUUCUUUCCACUCCCUAUGUAACUAAAUGUUUACUAUUCCCCAUGCAGUUUUUCCAUGCACUUCUGCCUGGUAAUCCUCUGCCUAAAUCCUCUAUGACAGUGAUGAAAACUGUAGUCAGUAGGUCCCAUGUGGCCUGCCUACCUGCCAGCAUUUCAAAUGUGCCCAGGUGAUAACAUGUGAGCAUGUGAAAAACUGUGCUAAGCCUCUUAAUGAAAUUUUUUCUGAUCAAUAAAGUGGAUAUUCUGGUUAUAAUAUGUUUAUCACAGGGAUUAAUAAAUGUAUUGUCAUUUUGAAUAAAAAAAGAGAAGAAGAUGGAGAAUAAAUACCCAGAGACAGAAGGAAAACCAGGAGAUUAUCACUUCAUUGAUGUGGCAAUUGAGUGUAUCCUAACGGAAGACAUUUCUAAGAGUAUUAAGUGCUACUAUGAAGUUAAACACAAUAAGGCCUGGAAAUCAUUCAUUGGAUUUAAUAUUAAAUAAUAUGUAAGUCAUCUAUCGCCUUCAAAACAGUAUCACUGGGAUGAAAGAUUUUCCAAUGGGUUGAUGAAUAAAAGAUGCAGUAGGAAAUACGUACAUGUGUAAAACCUAAUUCGUUAGGAGUUUGAAUUUGAGGAUAUGGACGCUAGCAAGAGGGGUCAGAGUUUAGGAAUAGGUCUUUUUAGAAUGUAGGAGAAUCAAGGAGGGGCAGAGCAAGGUGGUUAAAUAGAACACUUCAUUCUUUAUUGCCCACAUAAACAUUAAUUUGAAUAAUUAUCCAUACAUAAAAGUACCUUCACAAGACCUAAGUGAGGGCUGCAUGGCAGAACAGAAUGACAUUGCCUGCUUCAUACCCUGCCCAACUCUGAACAUACACAGCACAGAAACAGAUGAAGCCCACUUGGGCAAUAUGGAAAGUCUUUAGGACUUUCAUGUGACCCACCACAGUGAAAACAGCAUCAGGCAGGGCCUGUGGCCCCUGACCCCAAGUCAGAGCCUGCAAAUGGAGAAUCUGGACUUGCUCUGGUACCAGGUAGAAACCUGUGGCUCCACCAGGAUAGUCUUCUGCUCUGGCCUGCAUACUGCUGGCCAUUACAGUAGUCUCAGACCAUGAGAGAAUCUUAGCAGGCAGGUAGCUAGGCCACAGCACCAUGAACUGGGCACAUCCUUGGCCACGCUGAUCCCUGCAGUCACAGGCUUCAGGUACAACCGAGCUGAACAUUAGCCUUGGUGCCAAAAGACUGCCCAUCUAUGGCCAGAGCAACACAGAGAGUGACUCCACCCACUGGGAGGAAGGAGAGGGAGGUAAGUGCAGAACUAUGCCUUAAAGUUCAGUGCUAAGACUUCCAUGAUGAAACCCAGCACCAGGAAGAACUAGAUGAGGAUCUCCAGUCACUGGACCUGGAUUAACACCAGGUAGAGACCUGUGGCCCUGGUGGGAUGGUAUUGUCCUCUGAUCUGCAUCACUGCUGGCUGUCUCCCACAGCCUUGAAACUCAGUGGCAGGCAGUCCACAGUAGAGUGAGGCUGAGGUGUACCCCUCUGCUGUGCUGGUCUUAGCCUUCUCUAACCCUACCCCCAACCUUCAGGCAGCACAGCACAGACAGAACCAGUGUGUACUUCAGGGAAAGAGAGAGAAGCAGACACAAGAAUUGACCUGGAACCAGGCCUGCCACGGUGAGGCCUGAUUUCAGGCAAUGCCCCCAGAACAUAACCUAUUGCUAGUAAUUAUGAAUUGAGCAUCUAGAACCUUCCCAGCCCCAGGCAGGAAUUAUGGUGCCAUCUAGUGCUGAAAAAGUGGCAACACACUAACUGCAAACUCAUGGGGAACAUGGGAAUAAGGCAUUAUCCAGGACUAAAACAGCAGCAGAAAUCAGCCCACUUAGAAUCUCUGUAAGAUGAGAACAAAGAAAGAAAGACUGUGAUGAGUAAAAUAAUACCUAAUCUUUUAAUGCUCAGAUAGCACUGAAUCUUCACAAGAGCAUUCGGGGAAGCAUAACCUUACUAAUGGACAAAUAAGGUGCCAGAGACCAAGCCUGAAUUGGUGGAGAUGUGUGAUCUCUCAGACAGAGAAAUAAAAGUAGCUACUUUAAGGAAACCCAAUAAAAUUCAGGAAAUACAGAUAAUUUUUAAUUUAUCAGAUAAACAUUAUAGAUAGAUUGAAAUAACUUUUAAAAAUCAAAGAGAAAUCCUGGGGUUAAAAACACAAUGCACCAAAAGAAAAAUGCAAUAGAUACUAUCAACAGUGGAAUUGAUAAAAUAGGACAAAAUAUUUGACCUGAAUACAGG